UGCCGGUCUCUCUAGUAUUCUAAUAACAAUAAUACUGUUGAAAAGGACGAAGGAACUUUUCAUCAGAAAUGGAAGAUUUAUUGCAACAAAUUGCAAAGGAAUCCUCUGGAUCAAAAUUAUCUGCCUUACGAAAAUCGGCACAAGAAGCAUAUGAUUUUCUGGAGGCUCAGCAGGGAUUAUUAAGAGACCCAGCACAUGAUCUUCGAGCAAAAUGCCUCCAUACAUUCCAGUUGGCUCUGGAGACAAAACGAAGCAAAUUUGUGGCUUAUGGUUUGACUGGAUUACAUAAACUGUUGAGAGAUGAUAGAUUCCAUUCUAAUUUUGAGCCAGAGGAUGAUUCAUUGUGGCUUCCAUCACAAUUGCUGCAUGCAAUGAGUUCCAUCCUCUCACAGUCUGAUGACACACAGGUUGAUAUGCUUAAGGUGCUGCUGAAUGUUGCCUGCAGCAGCUACUCUCCAAUGAAUGGUCGUAUUAUAAUCCAGAUUCUUACAUUGUGCAGUGAAGCCCAUGAGACAGGCAAUCAAGCUAUUCGCACAGCUGCACAGGCCGCCGCUAGUCAGACACUGCGUUCUUUUUGCAAUUUUCUGGAAGAAGAAUCUCAGGAACUCGACCGCAGUUUGAAGAGGUGUGGUGAAGGAGAUGUCAGUUCUGGAGUAUCCUGUUUCAAUGAGGUUAUUCCAAUAUUGCAGUUUAUCUGUAGCAAAAUGGAUGAGGCUCAAGUAGUUGGUCGUUGUGGAAACAGUGUUGUCUUUCUACUUGAGUGCUUACACACACUUGUUUCAAGCUUGCCUCAGCAGAUACAUAAUAACAAGCAUUUUAGUACAUUUUUGUGGCAGAAAUUCUGUCCAGCAUUAAUUGCAUUCCUUGGGUCACCUCGUGUUGACAAAAACAUCAUAUCAAGGGAAAAAGGAGGCAUGAAUGAAACAGAAGUUGGCCGUGGUUCAGGUUGCCUAGCUACAGCUCCAAGUUUCAACAGUUCUGAAGCAAAGACUGUUUACAGUAUUGGCACACAGCUGGUGCGACUAGUUGGAUGUGUGGGCUCUAUGAGACCAGUUCUGGAAUCUGUUUUUCACCGUAUGUUGCUGUAUCCACCUCCACAGCACAGAUUGGAAGCUUUAAAAUCACUGAGAGAGCUGCUCCGCAGUCCAAGCCGUAUAGUAGAUUUCGCUGGCCCCAUUUUGGUGGAAGAUGAUAAAGGAUCUCAACAAAGUGAUAUGGCCCUUAUGAGACUGGUGAUGGACUCAAUUGAAGAAUGCAGUAGAUGCAGUGACUCAGCAGUAUCAAAUGUCAGUGUUUCGUGUGUUGUUGCUCUGCUUGGAUCAUUGGAGGAAUUAUGCACUGGAAAGGGGAUUACUCAUACUUACAUGGAUCGUAUAAACACACUCUACACGGAACUACAUCAGUGUGAUUACAAAGGCCCUCUAACAUACCAGUCAAUGCUGCGUUUGCCUAAGCCAUAUCGUGAACGUAUUGAGAGGGAACAAGAGUAUCUAGCUACACAUGACAAGAGUCUUUGUAAAGCUAAUAAAUUACAUAAAUGUGAUGACCCACAAACUGCUGAAGAUGACAGUGACAGCAGUGGCAUUGGUGAACAGGGUGAUGACUCUCUGCCACGUCCACAUUCACAGUGUGGUAGCACUAGUUCAGGGGAAACAGAGGGUCCAGAAGAAGGUUACUGUCAUGACCAUUUGCAGAUUGAUGAAAUGGUUCUCGCAGCAGAGAGGGAAAGAGAACAGCAGGAGGCUCUGCGAUUGGAGAAACUUCCAAGGUCAUUGCAUCAUUCUGAUAUGCCAUUUCCCAGGGUUCGUGAGGAAUACACUGAUGUUGAAAGACAUAAUGCUCGUCAUUUUGCGCAAACAUUACAAUCAUUGCUACCAUCGCUUUUGGCACUACGUAGCUCAAUUGAAGUAGAUGAAGCAAUUCAGGAUUUCUCUUCAAAAUACUGUCAAGGUCUUUUUGCAGGCCAACACAUAUCUGCUUGUGAGACUACUUCUCCGCAUAGCCUUGCUCUAAUAACAGUUGUAAAUGCAGAUGGAAUUUAUUUAGCUACAUAUGCUGCACUUUUAUUGAAUUUGAAGCUUAUCAAGCUUGGAUAUUACUUGCAGGAUACGAAACCUAUACCAAUGACAGAGGCUGAGUUCGUGGAAGGAGUACAUGGCAGUGGAGUACUGGUAUAUCUUUCUGACACCUGGCUUUCUGAGCUAUAUCAGUAUGUCCUGGCCCUAAACAUGCUUGAAAGGUCUGGUUACCGCCCAUCUUCUGGCAAUAAUUAUGCACUUAUUAACUUACUAACAGACUUAGAUGGUUUAGGCAGCACCCAGCAAGGCGGGCAACUGUUGUCAGAUUGCCAGCGUCUGGAAAGAGCAGCAUCACAUGGUGAAACAAGUCCAGAAGUUGAUGCAGGUCUCAAACUUUCUCGCCGUGUCCUCAGCUGUGUUUGGGACUCUAUGCUUGCUGUGCUGUCAGCUGCAUUAGGUGAAGAUGGAGUACCACUGGGUGUAACUUCAAGUCUAGCUCUUUUAUUGGGCUCAGAAGGAGCUCGGGAAGAGCACCGUCGAGCACGAGACAGUGUUAUCUCGAGCCUUGAAGGACUUCACAAGGCAGCAAGGCUCAGCAAUAUCUUAGGCCUUCAGAACCGAUGUGGAAGUGUAUUUGGACUUCUGGCAGAAGCAUCGUGCCCAACUGUGGUUGGGGAUAUAAGUGCAGGAACAACAGCACAGGCUGGACUUGGACAAGUGAGGCGUCAUUUACGGAGGCCACGUGAUGUUCUACGUCUUCUUCAGGGUUGGCCAGAGAAACUUCAUACAUCACACGCUCUCAGUAUGGAUGUCCUUCUUGGUCGAGGUCUUGAACUUGGGAGCCACAGCCCUGACUGUUGGCCACAUGUGUUCCGAUGCUGUUUAUAUGUAUGUCAAUUGGAACAUAGUUUCUUCAGUCAGUCAAAAAAUAGAAAUCUCAUCUCAAAACUUCCUGUGAAAGCAUCUAGCUCAAGUUCUUUGCAAUCAGAUAAAACAUCAGAUUAUUUGACAAUGGGUUUCAUUAUUCAGGAUGAAAAUGAAGAUGAUGAUGCGUGUGUUGAUGUGUAUAGUUUCCUAGCUGGACCUGCUUCAUCUGUGACUACUACAGAUAACAUCAUAGAGCUCAUUCAAGAGAGUAAUGCAGAUAUUACUUCACAUGGUGUCCUGAAUUAUCAAUAUGCAGCUAAAGUCAGUUGUAUUCUGUCGCAGCAAGUUGACAAGCUGUUUGAUGACGCAGCACUCAAGCUGAAUUUGAAGGCUCUUAGCAAUUUCUUAUUAGCUUUGUGCAGUGCUUCACAAAAACAGUUAUUUGCUCAACACUCAGGAAUUGUAAAAGAUAUGCCACUUUCGGGUAAGCUGUGGUGGCGUAAGACUCAGCCAUGCUCACCUUUAGAAAGUCAUCAUCAACUACUGCUUCACCGUGUUGGGGAUGUCACACUUAAAUGUAUUCGCAGUGGAAGACCUCUCAUACAUAUAAUGCAGGUGUGGUCCAUUGUUGGCCCACAUUUCAUGGAGGCUGCAUGUCAUAAGGAACGAGCCAUCUCCAAAAAAGCAGUUGCAUGCAUUCAUGAUGCUGUAAAUGCCCUCUUGAAUGAGCAGACAGAGCUACCGUAUUUUCAUUUCAAUGAAGCUCUCUUCAAACCUUUUGAAAAUCUACUAUGUCUUGAACUCUGUGAUGUAGAUGUUCAGGAUCAGAUUGUGAGCUGUAUUUGUGAAUUUGUGGAAGCAAACAGAACCGAAAUACGAUCUGGCUGGCGCCCCCUUUUUGGUGCUCUUAGGGUAGUCAAAUUACCAUUUUCACAGACUGCUGGAGAUAACAUAAACAGCCACCUUCGUGCUUUGCUUGAUGUGUUUGAAGUAUUUCUGCAAACUGAUAAUGCAUUGGUGUUCUCAAAUGCUGCAGUCGAUUGCAUACUUUGCCUACUGAAACAUGUACGAGGCCCAAGUGAAAUUGAAGAAAUUUCUGGUUACCCACCAGAUGAAUUCACAGGUUCUCAUUUGAAUCCAUCUGUGGAACUUUGCCUGGCUGCACUAAGAUAUCUUGAGAGAUGUGCUGACAUUUUAGCAUCUAUGUACAAUAUGCCUGCAUGCCCAGUAUUUCACUCAGCUCACAGGAUUCAGUUAAACAACUCACCACAAGUUGUGGAUCCAUUAAUACCGAAUGUGGAAGUUACUCAAUUUGAAAUGGGUACAAGUGCUGCUGAGAGUAAUAUGGAUGGUGGUAUUUCAUACAGCUCACUUAGUAUCAGUGGUGAGAUGCUAUCACUGGAUGCUUUAGACAAACCUAGUGGUGUUUUACGAGUGUGGUUCAUACUAUUGGAAGGACUGGCAAGUGCUACAAUGACCUGCCCACGCCGUUAUCAACCGUAUGCCUUGGAUGUAUUGUUUCAGCUGCUAAGGGAGUUGCUCAGUAUGCCUGGUGCUGAAUUUGGACUGUACUCUAUUAACCAUUUAUUGCUCCCAAUGGUGCAGAAUUGGUUGAGGAAAACAGGGCGUAUUUACCGUGGAUGGGAUAAUUUUGCAGUCAAUUUCAAACAGUGCUGUGGAUUGGCAACGGAUCUUGUUGUGGAAUAUCUUACACAUUUGCAAGGAGGAACAAAAAACCAAGCUGAAAUACCAGCAGCCACUUUAAUGCUAAAGCAGCUGCUCCUAGUAAUGGUAGAAUGUGUGGUGCAGCCUACAGAAAGCAUUGCUCGACUUGGUUGUGCUUGUAUCAGACAUGUUGUGCUGAGUGCAGGGCCAGUGAUGACUCCAUCACAGUGGCAAGUGGCAACUGUUGCACUGCAUCGUGCCUGUUCUGUGUCAUUACACUCACUGCAGCAGCUGAUGGUUGCAUUCCGACCAGGAUCUCAUUGUUUUUAUGGAGAUGUUGGGCAGGUCAAAGUGGCUGCUCGAAGAGAUUGUACAGUUCGAGAAUGUGAAAGGCUGAAACAGCUCGCACAACAGGUGUUCUUGUUGGAAGGUCAACGUGAUCUUCAACAAACAGGAUAUCAACCAAGCAGUCCCCAGUCACAGUCUGAAUAUAUGUCUACGAAUGCGUCUGAUAACGGGGAAGAACGCAGUUACAUCUUCCUUCUGUAUCCCCCAGAUGUAGGCCACACUUUAAAUCCAGAUCUGUACAUUGUGCGUGUACCAUUUCGGAAUCUGGUUGUUGGACUUCUGGCACAUCAAAUGCUUCUGCAGACUGUUGGCACCAUUUUAUUGGAAGGGACAACUCAUAUCAUACCCAGUUUGGCCAAUGUUUUACUGCACAGCCCUGCAGCUAAACUUACUGAUGACAGGGAUCAAGCAAAGUCACAGAAUGAGCAACAAAAAUUAUCAGGUCUUAUGAAGUACAUGCUGCCAGCUCACAUUCAAACACUUCUGUUGUGUUUGGAUGUUUCAUAUGACAGGGCAAUACAGUUUGAUUCACGGCCUGGAUUAAAAUUUCUGGUUCAGAAAGUAGCUAACCUUGAACGAGCUGCCAAUCUUUAUAGGCAAGCAGGUGCAGCAUGGACAUUGAAAGUAGUAACUUUGUUUGAUUUGUGCUUACAUGAAGUGUGGAAGAGUGGAGUUACUCUAGAAAAGGUCAAGUUAAUUCUGGAAGAUGAAAGGAACAGCAACACUAAAUCAACAGAAGGAAUUAUGCAGAAGCCAGGAGCAGAAACGAAUUAUGACUAUGGCGAUAUGUCAGUUUUCUUGAAAAGGUUACGUCAAAGUUUUGAUCAACUCUGUGAGACAUAUGUUGAUGUUGUUCUUGACAAAGAUGGACAGCAUUCAGCUGUUGAUCAGAUUUCUGAUCAGCCAAUAUUUUUUCUUAUAGCACAUCCAGAUGAUUUUCCUGAAAUAAAGAGGAAGGAAUCUCUGAGUAAGAAUAUGACAACAAAUUAUGAAGAGAAGGAUGCUAUCUCUCUCCUGGCAAAGACAGAAGGUUCGUCCUGUGUAAGAACAGAAGAUAAAAGUAUUAAUAAAGAUUUAGAACAUGAUACUUCAGAGGCUGCUGAUGAUGAGUUUUCAGCUACAGAUGAGCCCGAUCAAAACAUUCAUAACACAGAUCAAGUUGCAGUCUCAGAAGAAACUGUGUGUAAGGAAAUAUCAGUUGAAAGUGAACAGCAUGUGAGCAUAAGUAAACCUUUUGCUCUAGCUGAUUUUGCUCGUCGCUACUCCUCGUCAAGUGAUAGUGAUACUGAAGUGAGGCUUGAUACUAAUGUCCUGUGUGAUGGACUUUCAGCUAAUCAUGAGGUUGUGAAUGAUUCAGUAUAUGAAGUUGCAACAGAGAAAGAUAUAGAGGGAUUAAUGGGGGAGUACAAAAAACAUAAACAAGCGCACACCAUGCCUACUUCAUAUACAGACAAGCGUAAAAAUCCAUUCCUUACACAAGGGCAGGUUGACACUGCAUUUGAGUCACCACCACCCAGUGAGCCGGUGCCACUUGAGAUAGAACGCCAGCGCCAAAGCAGCCUCUUCAGGGAUAGUGAAGCUCACCGAAAAGUCUGGGCAGAAAUGCUGGGCUCUGUAUUUGAUCUCUUGGCGCAGUUAGAUGAUAACCAUUUUCGCACAUUGUUACCUGUGCUGUUCCAUGGUGUACGUCAGCUCACAGCACAUGCUACAGACACUACACUGAAACAAGCUGUUGCUGAAUUUUUCUAUCGAGUUGCUGUGCUAUAUGGAUUCAGUCCAGAAUAAGCUGCAUUCUGUUCGUUGUUGAUAUAUUUUAUGCUGUUGUUGUCUGGUGAAAAGUUAACUUCUUUGAUUUACUGUGUGUUUUCCGAGUAUUGUGUGUUCCUAGGUGAACAGAUUAUUUCCUAAAAUAUUAAUGUUACAUGUAUGUCUAUAAAGGUGUAAACAAAUAGGCAGAGAAAACAGGACCAUAGAGAUCACACUGAAUGAUGAAUCAAAUGUGACAAGUCAUUACCAAAAAAGUUGCUUCAUGGUCCAGUAAAUUAUUCUGGCUGGCAGCCAUAUAAUAUUGUAGAUGUGUCAGUCAUUAUUAAAGUGACCUUUCAUCAGGGCACGUAAUAUUGCAUAUUCUGAUGAUGACAGUUUUAAUAAUGGUUGAAACAUUUUGAAAUAUGAUGCAGUCAACAGACAGAGUAAUUCUAUGGAUCAUAACACCAGACUCAAAAGCUAUUAGCAUUUUUCCAGUUGAGUACAGAGUUCAAUGAUAUGGGAAUUAUCAUUACUUAAGAGUGACAGAAAUGGAAAUAGUAUGACUCAUUCAGCAAGAUUACAAGAGCAGUACUGCUGCACUUCGCAAGAGCUAUUGCUAACGUAUUUGUGGGAAACGAGCAGUUUCUGUUUCACCUUUUUUGUAUUUGUUAGAUGCCCUAAACUUUAGUGUAUUAGCAUUGUUAAGUUGAAACAUUUUAGAAAUGUAUAAACUUGAGUUCUUAAACUAUCAUAAUACUGAAAUUCAUGUCACAUUUUAUGAUUAUACAUUAUUGACUCUUGAGUAUCAACAUUUUAAAGGAACACAUAUGUUAGUAAGAGUGUGUAUAUGGUCUUCUCGUGCAUGUGUAUGACAGACAUGCCUGAAAACUUAGUCCACUUCUCUCCAUUAAUAUAGUUUAAGAAGUUGGGCAGUGCACUUCCCUUAAUUAAUAUAGUUUAAGAAUUUGGGCACAUCACAAGAUUAAGGUGUUACUUUAUUGCAAUUUUAGUAAAUGAGAAGUGAAGAAAGGCCAAAUUCAGGAUUUUUGUGAUUCUUUUUCAUUAGUCAACUCACAGAAAGGAACUGUUUGUGGGACGAUUUCUGUGAAGUGAUUCUAUUUUGCUCUUCCCGAGAGAUUUAAUCUCUUUUACAAUAUCACAGGUUUUCUCUGCUUGACAGUACAUCAAGCUUUGAUAAAACUGUUUCACGGUCAGUCUGUUUAGUAUGUAUGAGAGGGCUACCUAGUUAGUAGAGCAUUGUUGCCAAAGUUCUACAUUGAAAGACCAGUCCGCUACAUGAUAUUGAUCUGUCAGGAAGUCCACUGUCAGUAAGCUUCCUGUGAGUCUGUUUCAAUCUACUAUUUCUAUUUCAUGAAGCACUGUGACAUCUGUGAUUAAAUUUUAGGGUACUUUCAUGUAAUAACAAAUUACUUUCAUGUUACAUUUUAUGAUUUUGAUGGAAAUUCCGGGACCACUUAAGAUGACUCUAUCAGCAUUAGAGUUUAUCGUAUAGAGUGCAGCCCAUAUAUUUAAAAUGGAAGACUAAAAAUGAAGCCAUAAUGUGAGGUUUAUUCCAUCUGUCCAGCUGAUAUAUCUGUGGCUGUUACCUUCUCUGACUUAUACUACUGAUUGCUACAUAAUUGCUUUCAGGAAUUACUUCAUACAAGAACACUCCUUGAGAAGCUAUAUUGAAAAAGUGUAACAGCUUCAUAAAUUUUGUGAAGAAGGUAAAACCAAGGUUCAUUCCACCACUUAUUUUAAAAUCAGUGAGCCAUUUGAUUUAUACUGCCAUUGCACAGUAACUGAUACUGAUGUAUGCAACAGUGAAUACAUAAUAUUGCUGGACUAAAUGUUGUUAUAAAUCUUUACUGGAAGGUAAUCCCAUAAUUUUUCAGUAAAUUUCAAAUCCUCACAUUAUACUCCCAAAUUCUCAUAAGUAAAACACCCAUUCCAAUAGCAUUGUUUCCAUUGGUCAUUUGUAUGUUUUAUAACUGAUCUUAAUAAAUUUUAUUUGAAAUGUGUAAAGAAUAAAUUAAUUUGCUGGUACUCGACAUUGAUGAAGUUCAAAUUCUUUCCCGCAGUAAAGCUUCUGACAUUAUAAAAUUUACCUUAUAAAUCUACACUAUGGAUGUAAUGAUAGCAAUUAUUUUUAAUACAUGCUGUUUAAAAUAUUGUUGGGAAGUUGAUACUUAAAACAACAUGAUUAUACAUUAUUGACUCUUGAGUAUCAAUAUGUUAAAGGAACACAUCUGUCAGUAAGAAUGUGUGAUUUAUAAAAUAGGCAGCUACCAGUUCACAAAUCUGUUUCCGACAAAUAUAAACAUCUGAUAUAUCACGUAUCUAUUUCAGGAAAUAGUUUCUUAUUUGAAUUGUGAAACAUAUAUAGAGUUGCAGUGCAUGAAAUUGUGUGUGUAGCAGCAUAAAUUGUCCUUAGAUCAGGGAUCUUGCACUUAUGUCUCCUUUUUGUUGUAUGUUUGAAUAUUUUAAUACCUUUCAAAUAAUUUCAUGUUGAAUAAUUUUUGAAUUGUAAAUACUUUGUUUGUGUAGAGAGUAAGAUGAUCAGUGGUUGUAGAUUGUUACAAUGGAGCACUGAUAACUGACGACUGUAUAACAUUAGAGCUUUGAAAUAUGUAAGGGUUUUUCACACUCUACACUAACGAAUAUUAUGUGAAAAAAUUGAAAAAUAAUUUGACAAUGAGAGAAGACACACAGUUAACAAUUGGGAAACCCAAAGAGCCUUCUCAUUAAAAGAGCAAGAAGGUGAUCUUCUAUACUCUACUUAACCAUGUUGCUGUUGGUCCCGUUAUUUAUUUUAUUAGUCAGAUUUAUAAAGGUUUUGUGGACUUUUUAAAUAAAAGAAAUAGCCCCUGUAAUAUUCAGGUUGGAAUUUUGAGAUAUGUAAUUUUGAAAAAUAUUGUUGAUGUAUUUAUACAUAAUGCAUAAAUUCUGUUGCACAUUGUACUUCAGAAGUGUUAUGUCUAUGAUUUAUAACUGUGUCCUUAAUUCUUUUUACAAAAUCCUAUGAUCUUCAAGAAAUUAAGGUUAGAAAUGCUGCUAUGCAUUUCUUCAUUCUUGGCUAACUGAGUGAAGAAGGUUUCAGGUAAAACAUUAAUUGUGUGUGAUACGAAUGUCUUGUGUCAUGGAUGUGCCAGAAUAUAAUAGUAACUGUGUUAAUGUAAUUGUAGAUGAACUUGUUUCUGAUUUUUCUGUUGCUAUAAAUACAGUUCAAGUUAAUUACAGUCACAGAGGGGUUUGAAACUGUUUUGAUGUUACAAUAAUUGAUAUACUUACUGUAAUGUUUUUUUCUUCAUAUGCACAACAGCCAACUUGUAAGAAGAAUUAAUUUUUCUGGAGUAAGAAAGCUGUAACUUAAAUUAUUGUCAUAUUCUGUUACAAGCGAUAAAAAUCCUCUUUCAAUCUUUAACUCAGUUUAAUUGUUUGUAACCGUGUAAAAAGAUGUAACUUUGGAGCUUUAUGUUUCAUGAUUUCUUUUACUUACAAUUAUUUUUUUGUGGUCUACAAUUAAAAUGUACCAUCAAUCUAGUCAAUAAUCAUCAAAGAUAAGUA